UCUACCAGUAACUCAACGCGCUUUCGUCUAGUGCUUUAGCUUAACGCGAGUCGCGGGUAUACGAAAUUCGUAUUUGUCAAAAUUAGGCUUAACACUUCCAUAAAAUGUUCCAUCAGAUUGACAUAUGACAAAAUGUUUAGACAUAUUUGAAAGUCACCUUAAAAAUUAACAUUUUCAAAAUGCGUUGUAUCAUUGAAACUAUAACCGAGUUUACAUAUUUAGAAAACAUUUUAAUGGGACUUUCUGAUGCUCUAAAAAAGAAAUUGGGCAUACACAACCUUGUAUUAAGAAAAUUUCCCUUGGCAUCUGCCACCGACAUUUCCGCAUGGGAACAAAGAAACGGUGUGCAGAUGCCACAAGACUUACAUGCCUUUUACUCGUCGUCUGACGGUUUCAAUUUUGAAUGGACGCAUACCUACGACGGAGAUGCAGAUAAUACUGUUAAUGGCUCAAUUAAAAUUAACUCACUUCAUGACAUGGUGCCGAUAUUUGGUUUUCAAACGUCGAUGGAACCUGGAGUUAGAUUAAAUACAGAACGUUACGAAAUGAAAUUAUCGAUUGAAAGUCGAUUAUUCAUACUGGAUACAAUUCCUCAACGGGGCCAUGUAGUUUUGGUAUAUUUGUACCCUAUCUACGUACCCACCAUUUGGUUAUUGACGGCAGAUAUGGCUUUGUACUUUUUGGCGAACGAUGUUGCAACCUAUCUGCGUAUGGCCAUUUCUCAUUUGGGCAUUUCAAAUUGGCAAUUUAUCUACACACCGAACGGCGUCCCACAAUGGACCGAAAAUGUAAUCAGACAACUUGCACCUCAUUUGCUGCCAUUGAAUAAGUCUAUAGAAAGAGUCAAUCGUGAGCGUGAGAUCGAUAAGAGUGAUAAUUGUGCCGAAAUUCCCGUAAAUAGACUAGAUCCGAAUUUGUUUGAAUCCUGUCCGCGCAUCAGCACGGUACCCAUACCCAUUUUGUUGCCUAAUGCCAGAGAAUCUGAGAAGUGUAGUCCUAGGAAAAAGGCGUUAUGCAAACCUUUGGAUCAAGUGUGCAAACCUCGCACGAGGAUGUCUUGUGUUAAAAAAAGUCCAAAAUAAAUGUUUAAUAUUUGCA